GCGCCGAGGCUUCUGGGUAGGUGGCUUUACCCCGCCUCUCCUGUGAAGGCCUUCGCGGCUGCUUCAGUGGCGAGGCUCCUCCUAGGAUGGCUGCUCAGGUUGUAAACAAGCCUGGAGCGGGACUAGACAGUGGUCGUCAGGGCAGCCGGGGGACGGCCGUGGUGAAGGUGCUGGAAUGUGGAGUUUGUGAAGAUGUCUUUUCUUUGCAAGGAGACAAAGUUCCUCGCCUUCUGCUUUGUGGCCACACAGUUUGUCACGACUGUCUCACUCGACUGCCUCUUCAUGGAAGAGCAAUCCGUUGCCCUUUUGAUCGGCAAGUAACAGACCUAGGAGAUUCAGGUGUCUGGGGACUGAAAAAAAAUUUUGCUUUAUUGGAGCUUUUGGAACGACUGCAGAAUGGACAUAUUGGUCAGUAUGGAGCUGCAGAAGAAGCCAUUGGGAUAUCUGGAGAGAGCAUCAUUCGUUGUGAUGAAGAUGAAGCUCAUGUUGCAUCUGUAUAUUGCACUGUAUGUGCAACUCAUUUGUGUUCAGAGUGUUCCCAAGUUACUCAUUCUACAAAGACACUAGCAAAGCACAGGAGAGUGCCUCUAGCUGAUAAACCUCAUGAGAAGACCAUGUGCUCUCAGCAUCAAGUGCAUGCCAUUGAGUUUGUUUGCUUGGAAGAUGGCUGUCAAACUAGCCCGCUCAUGUGUUGUGUCUGCAAAGAAUAUGGAAAACACCAAGGUCACAAGCAUUCAGUAUUGGAACCAGAAGCUAACCAGAUCCGAGCAUCAAUUUUAGAUAUGGCUCAUUGCAUACGGACCUUCACUGAGGAAAUUUCAGAUUAUUCCAGAAAAUUAGUUGGAAUCGUUCAGCACAUUGAAGGAGGAGAACAAAUAGUAGAAGAUGGAAUUGGAAUGGCGCACACAGAACAUGUACCAGGUACUGCAGAGAAUGCCCGAUCGUGUGUCCGAGCUUAUUUUUCUGAUCUGCAUGAAACUCUGUGUCGUCAAGAAGAAAUGGCUCUAAGUGUUGUUGAUGCUCAUGUUCGAGAAAAAUUGAUUUGGCUCAGGCAGCAACAAGAAGAUAUGACUGUUUUGUUAUCUCAGGUUUCAACAGCCUGUCUCCAUUGUGAAAAGACUUUGCAACAGGAUGAUUGUAGAGUUGUCUUGGCAAAACAAGAAAUUACAAGGUUACUAGAAACGUUGCAAAAGCAGCAGCAGCAGUUUACAGAAGUUGCAGAUCACGUUCAGUUGGAUGCCAGCAUCCCUGUCACCUUUACAAAGGACAAUAGAGUUCAUAUUGGACCCAAAAUGGAAAUUCGAGUUGUUACAUUAGGAUUGGAUGGUGCUGGAAAAACUACUAUUUUGUUUAAAUUAAAACAGGAUGAGUUCAUGCAGCCUAUUCCAACAAUUGGUUUUAAUGUGGAAACUGUAGAAUAUAAAAAUCUAAAGUUCACCAUUUGGGAUGUAGGUGGAAAACACAAAUUAAGACCAUUGUGGAAACAUUAUUACCUUAAUACCCAAGCUGUUGUGUUUGUUGUUGAUAGCAGUCAUAGAGACAGAGUUAGUGAAGCACACAGUGAACUUGCAAAGUUGUUAACGGAAAAAGAACUCCGAGAUGCUUUACUCCUGAUUUUUGCUAACAAACAGGAUGUUGCUGGAGCUCUGUCAGUAGAAGAAAUCACUGAGCUUCUUAGUCUCCAUAAAUUGUGCCGUGGCCGAAGCUGGUAUAUUCAGGGCUGUGAUGCUCGAAGUGGUACAGGACUGUAUGAAGGAUUGGACUGGCUCUCACGCCAACUUGUGGCUGCUGGAGUAUUGGACGUUGCCUGAUUUUAAAUGUAGCAGUUGUUUAAAGUUUUGUGGUUAAGAGUUAUUUUGCACAUAACAUGAUGUAAGAAAUUCUACAUCUGAAAGAUAGUUAAUUUACGAUAUAUAUAUAGGAAUCUUGGAUUGGGAAUUCAGUACAAUAUUGCUUUUAAAAACUCUGUAGUAAAAUUUAAAUAGCUGAUUGAGCAGAUUAAAUUGGAUUAAACAGGGACUUACUGGAUAU